AAAAGAUCGAGUGCAACCCGUUCACAUGGUUUUGGAUGACUUGAGUGCUUCAUAUACUAUUUCACCUGAGUUGAAGGACUUGAGUGCAAUUAUUUACCUACCAUUCACAAUUUAGGGUUAGAGGUGCCAACAUCUCCCCUCACUCUAUAUAUAUUUGCGUGUGCUGAGUAUCAAAGUGCCGCACUCUACAUCUGUUUUUUGGUAAUAUUUGGAGGAAAACCUCCUGUAUAUCUGAUUUGGAUUAAGUGAAUCAUAAAAACCAGCAAAAAUGGUGAAGUUCACAGCAGAGGAGCUCCGUAAAAUUAUGGACUACAAGCAUAAUAUCCGUAAUAUGUCCGUCAUUGCUCAUGUUGAUCAUGGGAAAUCUACUCUCACGGACUCUCUUGUUGCUGCUGCUGGUAUUAUUGCCCAAGAGGUUGCCGGUGAUGUUAGAAUGACAGAUACCCGUGCUGAUGAAGCCGAGCGUGGUAUUACCAUCAAGUCCACUGGUAUCUCGUUGUACUACGAGAUGUCUGAUGAGUCCCUGAAGAGCUACAAGGGUGAGAGAAAUGGCAACGAGUACCUCAUUAAUCUCAUCGACUCUCCCGGGCACGUUGAUUUCUCGUCUGAGGUGACGGCUGCCCUUCGUAUUACUGAUGGUGCUCUUGUUGUGGUGGACUGUAUCGAGGGCGUGUGUGUCCAGACUGAAACUGUCCUCAGACAGGCUCUCGGUGAAAGGAUUCGCCCUGUCCUGACUGUUAACAAGAUGGAUAGGUGCUUUCUCGAGCUCCAGGUUGAUGGUGAGGAAGCCUACCAGACCUUCCAGAGGGUCAUUGAGAAUGCUAAUGUGAUCAUGGCCACUUAUGAGGAUCCUCUCCUUGGAGAUGUCAUGGUUUACCCCGAGAAAGGCACAGUUGCCUUCUCUGCUGGUCUCCAUGGCUGGGCUUUUACUCUGACCAACUUUGCUAAGAUGUACGCCUCCAAAUUCGGUGUCGACGAGGCUAAAAUGAUGGAGAGGCUGUGGGGAGAGAACUUCUUUGAUCCGGCCACCAAGAAGUGGACCAACAAGAGCACCGGGUCCCCCACUUGUAAGCGUGGAUUUGUCCAGUUCUGUUAUGAGCCCAUCAAGCAGAUUAUCAACACCUGUAUGAACGACCAGAAGGACAAGCUGUGGCCCAUGCUUCAGAAGCUCGGUGUCACCAUGAAGUCUGAGGAGAAGGAGCUGAUGGGCAAGGCAUUGAUGAAGCGUGUCAUGCAGACCUGGCUGCCUGCCAGCAGUGCUUUGCUGGAAAUGAUGAUAUUCCACCUCCCCUCCCCUGCCACUGCCCAAAAAUACCGUGUGGAGAACUUGUACGAAGGCCCGCUUGACGAUACUUACGCUAAUGCCAUCAGGAACUGUGAUCCAGAAGGCCCCCUCAUGCUCUAUGUGUCUAAGAUGAUUCCAGCCUCCGACAAGGGGAGGUUCUUUGCUUUCGGCCGUGUGUUUUCCGGCAGGGUUUCAACUGGCCUGAAGGUCAGAAUCAUGGGUCCCAACUACGUCCCUGGCGAAAAGAAAGACUUGUACGUUAAGAGCGUCCAGAGAACUGUCAUCUGGAUGGGCAAGAAGCAGGAAACUGUAGAGGAUGUGCCAUGUGGAAACACAGUUGCCAUGGUUGGGCUUGACCAGUUCAUCACCAAGAAUGCCACCCUCACCAACGAGAAGGAAGUCGAGGCCCAUCCCAUCAGGGCUAUGAAGUUCUCCGUCUCACCAGUUGUGCGUGUUGCUGUCCAAUGCAAGGUUGCUUCCGACCUCCCCAAGCUUGUUGAAGGUCUGAAGCGUCUGGCCAAGUCUGAUCCUAUGGUUGUCUGUACCAUUGAGGAGUCUGGGGAGCACAUAGUUGCUGGUGCUGGCGAGCUCCAUCUUGAAAUCUGCCUGAAGGAUUUGCAAGAGGAUUUCAUGGGCGGUGCUGAGAUCAUAAAAUCCGACCCUGUUGUGUCCUUCCGUGAGACUGUCCUCGAGAGGUCUUGCCGCACGGUCAUGAGCAAGUCCCCCAACAAGCACAACCGUCUCUACAUGGAAGCCCGUCCCUUGGAAGAAGGCUUGGCCGAGGCCAUUGAUGACGGCAGGAUUGGCCCAAGGGACGACCCCAAGAUCAGGUCGAAGAUCUUGGCCGAGGAAUUCGGCUGGGACAAGGAGCUUGCAAAGAAGAUCUGGUGCUUUGGGCCCGAGACCAUCGGCCCGAACAUGGUGGUGGACAUGUGUAAGGGAGUCCAGUACCUGAAUGAAAUCAAGGACUCUGUGGUUGCGGGUUUCCAGUGGGCCUCCAAGGAGGGCCCGUUGGCUGAUGAAAACAUGAGGGGCAUCUGCUUUGAGGUUUGUGAUGUCGUUCUACACGCUGAUGCUAUUCACAGAGGUGGCGGGCAAGUUAUUCCGACUGCAAGGAGGGUUAUCUAUGCUGCUCACCUAACUGCUAAGCCCCGUCUGUUGGAGCCUGUUUACUUAGUCGAGAUCCAGGCUCCUGAAGGGGCCCUUGGAGGAAUCUACAGUGUGCUGAAUCAGAAGAGAGGACAUGUGUUUGAGGAAAUGCAGAGGCCCGGGACUCCUCUGUACAACAUCAAGGCUUACCUGCCGGUUAUUGAGUCCUUUGGUUUUUCGAGUCAACUUCGGGCUUCAACUUCGGGCCAGGCUUUCCCACAGUGUGUGUUUGACCACUGGGACAUGAUGAAUUCAGACCCGUUGGAGGCUGGGUCUCAGGCGGCUACGCUUGUUGAAGAGAUCAGGAAGAGGAAAGGUAUGAAGCCCAACAUUACCCCGCUGUCUGAGUACGAGGAUAAGCUGUAAGCUUGAUGUUGGUGGUCUAUUAUAAACUCUGCUGUGCUGUGGUGCCUAUUAGUAAUUGUUUUUGUUUCUGCUGUUUUAGUUUCUUUGCUUUUGGAUAAUUUGAAUAUGCUACUCUGAAGACUUUUGAGUUUUGGGAUUCAGAUUUUGUGGUUUGAGUUGUUGUGUUUGAGACUUCUUAUGAGGAGACAAUAUUAUGUUUUUCUUAGUUUUGGACUUGGUGUUGUUGGCUGUGGUAUAUGUGUUCUGCUGAUUUUUGGUUUUGUUUGGAUUUGUCUUGUGGUGGUUUUGCUUCACUUCUCUUGAUUUGGUGUGAAUAACUAUGAUGGUAUGCUAGAGGUUUGAAAGGUGGGGAUGAAUUUUGAAGUCUGAACUUGUGUCUUAACACUAUUGGCUUGCUGCAAUAUUGUGUUUGGGUGAGCUUUCUUCUUUUCCUCUCCUUUACCUAUUAUUAAUGUUCUCGGUUUUGUAGAGAACACCUUUUUGUUCCCACCUUUUUUUUUUUGACCAAAAAUCCUUCUCAAUCACUUCAUGAGAAAUAUUGAAGACUUGUUUGCUUUUCCAGUAGUUCGAAACUUUGUAUUCUUGAGCUUGAAAUCACUGAUUUUUGUAGGGAAAUGGUUAUUUCACGACUUUAUAUUGUUGAGCCUGAAAUCACUGAUUUUUGGAAAUGGUUAUUUUGAAAUCGCUAAUUUUUGUUUGGAAAUGGUUAUUUCAUGACGCACGUAUGAAUCAAACUGUACACAGAAUAUAAGGAAACAAGCCCCAGUUUCAACUUCUAAACAACAAAAUUCACAUAGAUAUCUCAAAUUUGCGAA